AGCCGCCGCCAGUCACGUGACUGCCUGCCUCGCUCGCGCCGGCCAGUCCGGGCGCCGCCUCCGCUUGGUGCUCGCGGAAUCCGGCGUUAAGGCGGCCGCCAUGCCUAGCGUCGCCUUCCUGGCUCCGCUGGUCCCCCUCCUGGGGCUCCUGCUCCUCUCCGCGCCUCCGGGCGGCAGCAGCCUGCACACCAAGGGCGCCCUCCCCCUGGAUACGGUCACUUUCUACAAGGUCAUUCCCAAAAGCAAGUUCGUCUUGGUGAAGUUCGACACCCAGUACCCCUACGGUGAGAAGCAGGAUGAGUUCAAGCGUCUGGCUGAAAACUCGGCCUCCAGCGAUGAUCUCUUGGUGGCAGAGGUGGGGAUCUCAGAUUACGGUGACAAGCUGAAUAUGGAGCUGAGUGAGAAAUAUAAACUGGAUAAAGAGGACUACCCGGUCUUUUAUCUCUUCCGGGACGGGGACUUUGAGCACCCUACCGUAUAUAGCGGGGCCGUUAAGGUUGGAGCCAUCCAGCGCUGGCUCAAGGGGCAGGGCGUCUACCUCGGCAUGCCCGGCUGCUUGCCUGUAUAUGACGGACUUGCUGGUGAGUUCAUCAAGGCCUCUGGUAAGGAGGCCCGCCAGGCCCUCUUGAAGCAAGGCCAGGACAACCUUGCCAGUGUAAAGGAGACAGAGAAGAAGUGGGCAGAGCAGUACCUGAAGAUCAUGGGGAAGAUCUUAGACCAAGGGGAGGACUUCCCAGCCUCUGAGAUGACCCGGAUCACCAAGCUGAUCGAGAAGAACAAGAUGAGCGACGGGAAGAAGGAAGAGCUCCAGAAGAGCCUAAACAUCUUGACCGCCUUUCAGAAGAAGGGGGCCGAGAAGGAGGAACUAUAAAGGCGUCCCAAAGUUUCCAGUUUGAUGGGGUGUUGUGGGGGUGGGGGGAAGUGACCUGUUAGCUGUGAGGCCCUCCUGUGUUCUGGGAGUGGUAGAAGGGGCACAGAACUCUGCCCAGCCAUUUGCUGUGACGUGAUCACAUUCAGGGCAGAUGUCCCUGGAACAGGUUGGCAUGGCUGGACACUAAAAUCAGUUCACUUGUGGACUCCUCGCUCCCCCUGCACUCAGAAGGAAUUGGUGCUAUUAAGAUGAGUGUACAGUCCAGGUCUUUGACACUGUGGUUCACUGUGGUUCUGAUUCUAUUAAAGUUUCACCAUUUUGUUAAGUGAA